AUGACUAAGUUGGAGGAUUUAGUGACUGCUGGCUCAGAUGUGACUUUGAAGGAGGCCAAAACCAUUUUGGAGAAGAGCAAGAAGGGCAAGUUGCCUAUUGUUUGUCCUGAUGUUGGUGCAGCAAUUGGUACAAGAGAGCACGACAAAGAAAGACUAGCUCUAUUGGUUCAAGCAGGUCUUGACGUCAUAGUCCUAGACUCUUCUCAAGGAAAUUCAACUUAUCAAGUCGACAUGAUUAAAUACAUCAAAACUAAUUAUCCAGAUAUUGAAGUUAUUGCAGGCAAUGUUGUAACAAGAGAAAAAGCCAAAAACCUCAUACAAGCAGGAGUAGAUGGUCUGAGAGUGGGCAUGGGUAGUGGCAGCAUAUGCAUCACACAAAAAGUAAUGGCUGUAGGGCGACCUCAGGCUACAGCUGUCUACAAAAUAUCUCAAUAUGCUAAACGAUUUGGAGUGCCUGUUAUUACUGAUGGAGGAAUUUCUUCUACGGGGGCUAUUAUCAAGGCUUUGGCUCUUGGAGCAUCAACUGUUAUGAUGGGUUCAAUGUUGGCGCCAGGCGAAUAUUUUUAUGUAGACGGCGUCCGCCUGAAAAAGUACAGAGGAAUGGGCACCAUCGAAGCCAUGUCCAGAAAGGAUGCGGUCGGCUCCGCUAUGAGCAGAUACUUCCACACAGAAGGCGACCAAUUGAAAGUAGCCCAAGGUGUCAGCGAAAGUAUAGUGGACAAAGGAUCAGUCCUCACUUAUGUCCCUUAUCUGAUAACUGGGAUUAAGCACGGGUGUCAGGAUAUUGGAGCUAGAUCUUUGAAACAACUCAGUAAAAUGAUGAACUUGGAACAACUACGUUUUUAA